AUGGCUGAUAUAAACUGUAUCUUGUGCUCUGAAAAAGAAGGCGAAACUUCAAAGUUCGUUAAGUUAUCUGCCAAAAGUAGACAAGGAAUUAUAAGUGCAAGUAAAAUUCGAAAAGACAAUAUCCAUGAGUUAUUUGAACCAUUUCCUGAUGACCCCGUGAGAGUCCAUUUUGAAUGCCGCCGUGUAUAUACAAAUCCUAAAAAUAUCCAGAAUGAUGCAAAAUUAAAGUUAUCCACUCAGGAUGAAGCACAAGUUAAUGACUUGCCAGCAGCAGAUGCCAUUUACCACCAGGCAUGCAGCGUAAAUUUUCGAAAAGGUGACCUGAUCCCAAAAAAAUACCAAGAUAAUUCCAAAGACGAAUUACGUUACAAACCUCUUGGUCGUCCUAUGGAGAAAGACAAGCUAGAUCCUUUUUUGGAAGUAUGUAAGUGGUUUAAAGAAAAUGAUGAGCCGGUUUGUGCCCAGCAGCUGGUUACUAAAAUGAAAGACUUUCUACCAGUUGAUGCUGCUAUUCAGCACCUUCUUCGCGUACAUUUACAAUGCCUUUAUUGGAAAACUAUGAACAUCAAUAUUUCCAACCCCGAAGAGUGGGGUUGGAAAAAAGUAGGAGACCAACUACAGCCCAUAAUAUGCGAAAUGAGCCCUGCACCAGAAUUAUUACUAAACACAAUCCGCUGCACCUGCAAAACGGAUACAAAUGAGCCGUGUGGUAGUGGUAGAUGUACUUGUCGAGGGUAUGGUGUGGAAUGUACUGAGAUAUGCUGCAACUAUUCUGGUCGCGAUUGUACAAAUAGUGCCUCUAAAGAACGUGUUGAAAAUAAUGAAGAAGACUAUUAGA